UCAAGGUGAUACAAUCAGCCUGCAGAACUGUAAGCGGAUCGUUACCUACUCAAGUAAAAACAGCGUUGACUUUUACUCAUUUUUAGUAUUAAGCUCCUGGUGAGUAUUUUUAACCGAGAGAUUUUUUCCUAUUUUUUUAAUAUUUUUUUUUCCUGACUUUCAACCGUCUUUGGGACUUUUUGUUUUUAUUUUUAAUGCAUUUUUCCUGGCUGGUAUUCCUCAGACUGUGUUGGCUUUAGUGGCGUACAUUUUGUGAUGGCAGUAUGAUCUGCGCAGACACUAGUUUUAAGUAGUUUCCUCAGCAAGAUUUUUGCUUUUAUUUUUUUGAAUAAGACAUUUCAAAACCUCAAUUUUUCAGGGCUGCUGUGUUACCUUAUUGUUUAUGUGAUUGUGGUCGUAUUUUCGCGGAAAGAAAUAUGGAAGACUAUUCCAGUCUUCUCUGGACAGUGUUCAAAACGGGUCGCCCUUUUUCUGGAAAUAUGUUUUUAAAGGGUUUUUUUAUUCUCGUCCUGUGUUUUGCCCCCACCUGUAACUUGAUAUGCUGUCGUUGACAUUGACUCAUGAGACGUGUUUUUCCAGUUUUCUUUGUGAUUUUGGCAGUGCUGAGACAGUAUAUUUUCUGCAGCAAAUCUCUGAGGAGUGAUGUAAUUUUUCAGGCAAGAUGUUUUUCCCCAAGGAGAAGUGGAGUCAGACAGGCAGGCAGACCUCCACCGACCCGAGUACAGACACAAUGGAUUGGUCAUCGUCCUCCUCCUCCAGUGCGAUGUCCAGCAGCAACGUGACCAACAAGACCGACCCCCGCUCCCUCAAUUCCCGCGUCUUCAUCGGUAACCUCAACACCCUGCUGGUCACCAAGGCCGACGUGGAGGCCAUCUUCUCCAAGUACGGCAAGAUUGUCGGCUGCUCCGUCCACAAGGGCUAUGCCUUUGUGCAGUACGCCAAUGAGAGGAACGCCCGGUCCGCCGUGGCCAGUGAGGACGGCCGCAUGAUUGUGGGACAGGUCUUAGACAUUAACCUGGCAGGCGAGCCGAAGCCUCACAGAUCGAAGACAGUGAAGCGUUCUGCGGGAGACAUGUACAGUUCAUCUUUUGAUUUGGACUAUGACUUUCAAAGAAAUUACUAUGAUAGGAUGUACUCGUACCAGUCCCGGGUGCCUCCUCCCCCUCCGCCCCUGUCCCGUGCUGUCAUUCCCUCAAAGCGUCCCAGGGUCAGUGUGAGUGGAGGAGGGAGCCGACGAACCAAAACCAGCUUCUCCUCCUCCAAAAGCAGCCAGAGGACCUCACGCACAAUGAAAGUAGACGAUCUGCAGACCAUCAAGAGAGAGCUCACACAGAUCAAACACAAGGUGGACUACCUGCUGGACAGCUUAGAGCGCAUGGAGAAGGACCACAGCAAGAAGUCUGAGAUGAAGGGCUCCAAACCAGAGCCCGGUGAAGUGUCCCCACUCCACUCAUCUACCUCCAGCAAGAAGGAGGACAGCCUGAAACGGGACAGAGAGAGCCAGGAGCUGAAUGACUCAGAGGAGGAGGGAGAUCUGCUGGAGGACGAAGAUGAGAUGAAAAUCAGAGGGAGAGGGGAGGAUGAGGACGAGGAAGGCGAGCAGGAGGAAGGGGAGGACGACGGCGACAGCGCCAACGGACACGAGUCCUAAACACUACACAGGCAGACAGACACACAUGCACAAAACUACAGUGUAUGAUUGUGUUUCCACACCAGGCUUGUACACAGUGGUCAUAUGCUCAUAUCUGCUGAAUUGACUGGAUAUUUGUAUACAGCAUAUUGUAGAUAUUUGAUAUCUGUCACAUAGAUGCACAGAUUCAUAAAUAUGUUAAGUGCUUGUCUCUGGAUUUGGUAAUUUGACUUUUUUUUUAAUUAAUUUUACAUACAUCUCCUGACACUGAAUAAAUUCAAACUCUGAUGUGUCACAUUAAGACAAAAUGCCUGUUUAGCUGAGGAUAAAUGUAACAUAUAGUGCAUUUGAACUCAGGGCUAUGAGCCUUUCCAGUAUAAAAAAUGUCAUUGAUUUUAAAUGAAUGCGUGGACUUGUUGCCAAAUUACCACUGAGCCCAGGCUGAUGUUAAAAAAAAAAAACUGGAUAGAAAUAUGCUCAGGUGCAGUGGUUUGUAUUUAAGGUCUGUGUU